CAGACCCGAACGGAACGUCGCCCGCUUCCCCACUUUGGACCUCAACUACCGCCCAGCCCAGCGACCGCCGGUCCGGUCCUCCAAUCGGAAGCAACCAAACCAAGCAUGGCGGCGGCGGCGGCGGCGGCGGCGAAGAUAGCGCCGUCCAUGCUCUCGUCGGACUUCGCCAACCUCGCCUCGGAGGCCGAGCGCAUGGUCCGCCUCGGCGCCGACUGGCUCCACAUGGACGUCAUGGAUGGGCACUUUGUUCCUAAUUUAACUAUUGGAGCUCCAGUGAUUGAGAGCUUGAGGAAGCACACCAAGGCGUAUUUGGAUUGCCAUCUCAUGGUCACAAAUCCUUCUGAUUAUGUAGAGGCAUUUGGGAAAGCUGGUGCCUCAGGAUUCACAUUCCAUAUAGAAGUCACCAGAGAUAACUGGAAAGAGCUCAUCCAAAGCAUUAAAGCAAAGGGCAUGCGGCCUGGUGUAUCAUUGAAGCCUGGUACUCCUGUGGAGGAUGUUUUCCCUCUGGUCGAAGCAGAAACCCCUGUAGAACUUGUUCUGGUGAUGACGGUUGAGCCUGGCUUCGGUGGCCAGAAGUUCAUGCCGGAGAUGAUGGAUAAGGUUAUCCCAUCCAAAUUUUUUUGGGGGGUGCGCACGCUGAGGAAGAAGUACCCGUCCCUCGACAUAGAGGUGGACGGUGGCCUCGGUCCUUCCACCAUCGACGUGGCCGCGUCGGCCGGCGCCAACUGCAUCGUCGCCGGAAGCUCCGUGUUUGGAGCCGCCGACCCCGGGCAGGUCAUCUCGGCGCUGCGGAAGAGCGUCGAGGCGUCACAAAUCAAGGGCUGAUCCGAUCAUCUGUAGCCUCGCACGCUCGGCUGUAUUGUUUUGUUUCUGCUGUAAACUAGUAGAACUCUGAACCACUCCGCACGUCGGUCUCAGUUUGCAUGCAGUUCCGCAAUCCGCACUGCAAACUGAUGAGCGAGCGAGUCUGUGUCCCUGAAUAAGAUGUGCUCUUGGCAACU